UAUUACAUUUUAAUUCACUUCUAGUUAUCCGUUAAUAACUUCAGGGAGGUUUUCUUGCUGGUUUAAAGAACCGAUUGGUUCCAGUUCAACCCACUUUGCCCGCCAAACUGAAUCUACAUCAAUCAUACAGUUAAUGCGUCUGCUAAGUGAAAUGUAAUGCGCGCUCGCUUGUUCCGGCCGCUCGAUUAGAUAGACAGUAAGUUCGUUUAGUUAGUUUAUCGGUUCGUUUAAUAUUUAUAUUACUGUCCAAAGCCACCCAAAUUCAAGUAGCUGUCAUGUCGUUGAAUGACAGCGGCUCUGCCUGCUCCGGGGGGGCGGCUGUGUGUCGGGCCGAGCUGGUGGCGCAGCACACCCACCUGCGGCCCAUCGCCAUCGGGCCCGAGGGAGGCCCCGGCGCGGCUUUCCCUAACCCUCCCGGCGAGGAGGAGCCCCCGGCCCAGGCUGCCGCGCUGGAGAAGACCCCGAGCGGCAGCGCCGAAGCGCUGGGCUCCAGUCGCCCCAAAGGCAGGAAGAGGAGCGAGGCUUCCGCCGAGGCCAGGCCGCCAACCGGAGCCCGUAUCUGCCUGGAGAAGCGCUUCGCCGGUGUCGCCCAGCCGGAGACCCAAAGAGCGCAAGGUUCCCUGGAGCCGUCCGCCGCCUUCAACAGCUUUCUGUCCAUACUUCACCAUCCCACUGAGCUGUUUGGGGUCACAGUUGAAUCGGAGCCUGGAACCUGUGUGAAGGUGGCCCCUGGUCAGCUGGUGUCCUCAGAAUCAGCAGAAUUCCCCUACCAGCACCCCGGGGCCGCAGUGUGUGAUCUGACAGGCACUGUCACUCAGGCCCAGAGUCUAGGGUUUAACAUGCUGGAACCUGCUGAGCACCAGGACUCACUCCUACCCAGGAACUUCAGCUUCACUUACCACCCAAAAACACAGCCCAUGAAAGCCGCGUUUUGCACUCUGACUAACUCUGCUGUAGAAUCUGAAGUUUGGGUGAAGUUGGAGGGAGAGGCCCUGCAGAAGAAGCCUGUGGUGCCAGCCAAGGGUACCCGAGGGGGAAGGCAUCAGCCGUGCCCACAACGCAGCGCCCUCAGUGACAUCCAGAAUGUGGUUGGCUUGACGGUGACCACUGGAGUGAAUGCUCGCAAGGACAAGGGGAUGGCAGAGAGAUUGCAGCGCAGAGAGAGGCACAACACCAUGGAGCGGGAUCGCAGGAGGAGGAUUCGAACCUGCUGUGAUGAGCUGAACACACUGGUUCCGUUCUGUAACAUCGAGACAGACAAGGCCACCACACUGCACUGGACCACUGCCUUCCUCAAGUACAUCAGAGAGACUCGGGGCGACAGCCUGAAACAGGAGUUUCAAGACACCUUCUAUGGCAAAAUGGGCCCAGGCAUUAAGGUCGGCCACCCGUUCAACCCCACGCCAAUGUACGGCGAAGGUGCCUGUCAGUCUUGUGGUCCACCAGGUGACCAGAUCUGAGCCAACCUCUGUAUACCAGAGCUGGGUCCAUCUGGAAGGAUCAAACCCAUGCAGCUAUACUCAGGGUAAGGUUCAUACCAGGAGAACUGAAUGUUCAAGUUUGAUGUUAAAGAGCUGAAGCAGAUGAAGCACUAAACUGCUGGAAAUUUGUGGAGAUUGAAACCCCCACAAUGUGGUUUAGUUUCUGACUAAAAACCAGAAAUGCUUCACAUUCAGUCCUCUUUUGCCAGAACCACAUUCUGGUAGCAUAACUUAACUAGUGUUUUUAGUAAGUAAGUACUAUGAAAUGUCUGAAACUGCUGUGGUUUACAUGCCUCCUUGAAGUUAAUGCUCAGCAAUAUUUCUCUGCUUGCUUUAAGUGUGUUAGGAGAGUGGAUUCUUUUUGUGUAUCUUCACCUUAUAGCAAAACAGUGACUCCUGUACAUAAUGCCUUGUAAAUAAAAUUGUGGAGUCACUUUUAUCAAUAUGUCAGCUAAAAUUUUCAUACAAUAUAACAAGAUUGUAGAGUUGGCAAGAAAAAUAUCCAUGGGUUUGAAACGAGUUUUGAACAAACCCACCAAAAGGUGUCGCUCUUUGACCAUAAUAGAUUUGAACUUCAAGCCAUUGUGUC